CCACCAUAUUCACAAUUACAAACGUCUUGAAAACAUUCCUUUCCCCACGAUUACAAACCCGCUUGUACAUGAAGGACAAAGAUUUGAACUGCAGUUAAUUAGGAAGAAUUAUCCGGGCAAAGAUGUUGGAAUGUACCAAGGAGAUGGCCGAGCCUUUUUCCAGUGCCACAGAGGUCACAGCAACAACCAAGAAGAAGAAGAACAAGAACAAGAGGCGGUUCAGCGAUGAACAAAUCAAGUCUUUGGAAUCGAUGUUCAAAUCCGAAACGAGGCUGGAGCCUCGAAUGAAGUUGCAGGUGGCUAAAGAGUUGAGUUUGCAGCCACGACAGGUAGCGAUAUGGUUCCAGAACAAGAGAGCAAGGUGGAAAUCCAAGCAGCUCCAACGAGAUUACAGUAUCCUCCAAGCCAAUCACGACAAUCUAGCUGCCAAGUACGAGAGUUUAAAGAAAGAGAGGCAGGCGUUAGUGAUUCAGUUGCAGAAGCUGAAUGAUUUGAUUAAGAAGCCGAAGGAGGAAGGCCAGUAUUGCGGACAAGUUACAGCGACUAACUGCAACGAUGGAGAUAAGGGAGAAACGACUGUGAAGUCUGAUUCUUCGAUGGGAAGAUGGGGACACUCACUCGGUGUCUUAUCGGAUGACAAUAGUGAGAUAAAGACGGAUUAUUUCGGACUGGGAGAAGAACCCAACCUUAUGAGCAUGGUGGAUCCGGCUGAUGAUUCUGUAACGUCUCCGGAAGAUUGGCGCAGUUUCGAGUCGGAUGGUCUAUUCGAUCAGUCCAACUGUGGUUAUCCGUGGUGGGAUAUUUGGUCUUGAAAUAACAAAAACAUUCAGAGGAGAAUGUAUUCAAAUAAUCUUUCCUUCUGUACAGAGUUGAAAAACAUGGAUGUGUAUGGUUGAGUUUUAGAUGAAGAAUAGUGGAUUUUGCGGUCUGAGAACACAUAUGAAUGCAAAUUGAGCUUCCUCUUCUUGUGUCUAAA